AUGAUCCAUCCUUUAUCAUCUGUUGUGCUUUUAUGCAUCAUCAGCUACGCUAAUAGCAAGAUUUAUUUCCAAGAACAAUUUAAAGACGGAGAUGGUUGGAAAAAGCGAUGGGUAUUAUCUGAACAUCGAAACGACUAUGGAAAAUUCAACCUUUCCUACGGUCAAUUCUAUAAUGAUCCAGAGGAGGAUCUUGGACUCACUACAACCGAGGAUAUCAAAAAUUAUGCUAUUUCGGCAAAAUUUCCAAAAUUUUCGAAUAAAAAUAAAACACUGAUUAUUCAGUAUGCAGUAAAACGAUUUACUCUACCUGAUGAAGAUUGUGGUGGCCUAUAUAUAAAGCUCAUGAAAUCGGAUUUGGAUCAGAAGCAAUUUAAUGAUGAAACUCCGUAUGAGAUAAUGUUUGGACCAGAUAUAUGCGGUAAAUACUCGAAAAAAACUCAUGCCAUAUUUCGCUACAAAAAUUCCUACUAUCAUUGCAAUUCUUUUUUGCGUGUAAUUUGUGAUGAACUAUCUCAUAUCUAUACUUUAAUUUUAUAUCCGAAUAAUACCAUUAAAAUACUUGCCGAUUAUGAAGAAUUAAUUACUGGUGACUUAGAAGAUCAUUACGAUUUUCUUAAGCCACGGAAAAUUAUGGAUCCAGAUGUGGAUAAACCAGCUGAUUGGGUUGAUGAAGAAUUCAUACCUGAUCCAAACGACAAAAAACCGGAUGAUUGGGACCAGCCAGAAUUUAUAUUGAAUUUAGAUGUUGAGAAACCAAACGACUGGGAUGAAGAAUGGGAUGGAGAAUGGGAACCACCAGGAAUGGUAAAUCCGGAUUAUAAGGAUGAAUGGGUGCCGAAAGAGAUUCCAAAUCCAGAAUAUAAGGGAGAAUGGAUACAUCCUGAAAUUGACAACCCAAAUUAUAUACCAGAUCCGAAUCUUUAUCUGUACGAUGAUAUCGGUGCAAUUGGAAUCGAGAUAUGGCAAAUGAACAGCAGCACAAUAUAUGACAAUAUCAUUAUAACCGACUCCAUUGAAGAAGCUAAGAAAUUUGCUGCUUUUACGUUGAAUGGUACCAGGAUAGGCGAGGAAAAAAUGAAGAAAGAAUUUGAUGAAAAACUACAGGAAGAUAUGAAGUCAAACAUGGAUAUAAAUGAAAGUGAAACGUGGGAAGAUGAUGUAAGUUUAUCGCAAAGUAACAAUUUAUAA